AGGGAUAUUCGGGUAGUGAGUACGAGUACUUGCACUUGAAAUAACUAAGUUAUAUUGCUUUGGAAAAUAUUUUAUAAUUUGUAAAGACUAUAUGUAUUUAUUUUACGUGUUGGGCAGCACACACGAUAACUCGUUUUCUGAAAACUAAUCAAGGUGUUUUAAGCUUCCUUGUGCUUGGAUACAAAGGCGUAAACCUAAAGAGCAUAUGAUAUGGGAUAAGUCUUUACAAGAAAAGCAGUUGUGGAAGGUUAUAAAAUGAUUUCCGCGGAGUAUGAGCAGGAAUAUUGGCCUACAAUUCAAAAUGCUAUUGAUCUCCUGCUUACACAGUCCAUUGGGCAUAGAGGACUUGUAUCGUUUGAGAAUGUCUAUAGUUGUGUCUACAAAUGUGUUUGUAAGAAUUAUUCAGAAAGGUUGUACCACGACCUUCUGUUUGAAGUAAAGAUACACUGGGAGAAAGUAAACCAUGAGCUUGAGGUUAAAGCAGGCCAGGUUUUAGUGAAGAUCUUUGAUUCAGUAUUAAAACAGUUUGAAUCCAGCCUUAGAGGACUCAUUCCAUUAUUUACUUACAUGAACAGGUAUUUAGAAAGUAGAAUGGACACUGAUUUGAGGAGUGAGCUGUGUCGGUCUUUCACUUCUGUCCUUGUUGAUAACCAUGUAAAUAGGGUAAUUGGGGCAUUAGAGGAAGCACAGUUGUCUGCUUUUACAGUACCUCCUUCAACUGUGUUCAGCGUAGUCAGUGGACUUUAUUCUUUAAAGAGAGAAUAUGUUUCUUUAGCUCCCUACAUCUUUGCUAAAUACAUUCCAAAUGUACUUCCUCCAAUGUCAGUCUCAGAGCUUCCCCUUGCUGUGGAGGAAACACGAAUGUUUCAACAAAAUCUGAUUGAAAGUGGAUUCUCCAGAGGAGAUCAAAGCAAAAAGCGCACAGGAGACAGUGACAUCCUAAGUAAGUAUUAUGAAUGCUUUUUUCCAAACAGUUUAUAAGGAAGGAAAUCUUUACGAUGUUUUUUGAUGCAGUGUAGACAAUACAUUUCUAACACUUUAUUUGUUUGUCAGGUCAUAUGCAUGUGUGUAGUACAUGUGUUUUAACAGGUGUUUUAUGUGUAGCCACUUUGUAGUGUUUAGCUUAGAUUCUGCUAAUUUCAGUGGUCACACAUUAUGUAAUAAUGCUUGAUAUACAAAUAUUGACAUUUUCUGUUUGAAUUGGUUUGGGUGAACAGUUCAAAACAAAUCUAGCAAUACUGUACUCGAGUCCAAGCAAACUCCCUAU